AUGCGCAUGGCAGCGGGAAGAGCCUGUGGCGCUUGGAGCGCGCAGCGCAUGCUGCUCCCCCGCCAGCGCGUCGACUUCAUCCGGCUGUGUCCCGGCGUCGCCGCCGCGGCGACGGUACGGUUCGGCGCUCGCCGCGCCCUCGGGAGCAGAGUGAUCCUCUGCCUCGCGUCGGGAGGCGGUCGUCCGCGGGACGACGACGGCGAGUUCGAGCCCGCGGACUCGCCGUUGGAUUCGGACGGGCGGAAGCUCGACGAGGGCAUGGCUACGCUGUGGCGGCGCAUCCGCGAGGUGGAGGCGGCAUCAGCAGACGAGGAGGACGAGGAAGAUCCAGAGUACGAGGGUGGCGUCGACGUCUUCGCGCCCCCGGCUGAGUGGACGGAGCUGGAGCGUCGGCAUUACGUGCUGUACGUUGCCGCCCUGCGCGAGGCACUCGGCGGCCUGUUCGCAUUGCUGGCGCGCGAGCGGCCGGCGUUCGGCGCGGCGGUCGUGGCGCUGGUGCUGCUCAGCGUGCCGGCCUCGGUGCUCCACGUCUCCGCGGAGCUGAUCCGGGCCGUGUACUCCAUCUUGGCCGCCGUGCACAACGGUACAAUAUAGUACGAGUAGGAUUGGACUGCAUGGUUGCGUAACCGUACCGAUGGAGUACGUAUGUUUGUCACGUGCACGUGUUGGUUGUCCUUGUUCUGAGGAUGUAUUAGAUUAGCCAUUAGAUUAUUAUAAGUGGCGUUCGCUUUCUCGAAUCGCAAUGGACAGCAAUCACAUAC